CACUCCUAGAGAUCGUCUCCCUCACGCUGAACCCCCCUAUUUCCUUUGACAGAGUCAGCGGGCUCAAUCGCUUCUGGCUUCCACCUUCCCUUUAUUAUUUCGGGCUACGCCAUCGGCUGCACACACCCGCAGUUGCCAGUGGACUUUCGUUAUCCACGUUACACUCGCGGUUAUGCACCAUCUGCCCAACCCGUCCCCCGGAAACCAUCCCAUUCAUCCGGGAAGGUUCCUAAUAUACAGCGUCGUGAUUGUGAGGCGCUCGACUACAGGGGUGGUGCACAGCAAGCAGUCACAAAAUCAAUCCAACGCGAGAGGCCCAAGCCGAACAGGCUUAGCAACAGUUAGACGUGAGAAGCGAAGGGCUUACCGAAUUGGCGAGCCCUCAAGAGUGGAAGAUGUUUACGGUACAUUUCAAGGAUAGAGAUGGGAGCUCACUAUUGGUGGCGCGGAAAGGGGAAUGUGUAGUGGGAUACAAG